CCCAACCACAAUCAAAAACCUACUCGCCGGUCGUCGCUCAGCUCUGUAUAUGGACCCUCGCCUAGCUCCUCGGCCAAAUUUCCCGAUGAUCCGCCGGGUGGGCUUUUUACCUCCUGAAUUACCCCACUCUGAUCCGCUCGAAGAUCCACGGUCAAUAUUGCAGUCUCCCAAUAUGAUUGUUCCUCGCCCUCUCCGAGACUCUGACGCUGCUUCCCAUUCCGCAGGCAUUCCGGUUCCCGCCACAGCUCCCAUGCGGAUUUCGCAAGGCGACGGCGAGGACGAGGGGCAGUUAGUUGUCGGGAGCUACGACGCCUCCCAAACUGUGCCCGGAAGCUCACCCACGUCUAGCGGAAUCGGCCUCGUAGAUGGUGAGUUCUCCAUGGACUCGGCUAACUGGAUUCUCCCCGAACAUUCGCAGAAGUUACUCCCGGCUUUGUGCAACGUCGGCUCUGAACAGGCCACAGCCGCCGACGAAUUGGCUGCCCCCAACCGCACUUCGAAGCGCGGUGGAAUAUCUGACAAUGACAAUGGUGGCCAAAAAGCAGUGGAGAAGCCGAAACAAGUGCAAGAAAGCUCAAAGCAGCAAAAAGAGAAAACUACAAAAGCAGAAAGGAGAGCUCUCCAGGAGGCUCAAAGAGCUGCCAAAGCUGCUUCAAGAGCUGUUUGCAAUAAACCUGCGGCUGGGGGAUCACCAGCUUCAGUAUGUGAAAAGUCUCCAAAAGUUUUGAAGCAAAGUUCACAUAAGCAAGAUAGCAACCUAAUGUCAACCUCAUCAACCAUGGAGAAGAAAAGAAGUAACCAAACAUUGGUUAAAGAUAGGAAAAAUGAUUUUCCUGCACCACGCAUGCAGUUUGAUGAUAAGAGCCGUGUAGAAAAGGCCAAAAAACGUGCAUUACUUAAACAAACGGAAUCUAGAAAUAGAGUAGAGAUGUUUCUGCAUUUGCGUCAGUAUGAACAUGGAACUCAGCUUCAUGAUCUUGAGUCAAAAUUCUUCCAGCUUGAUUCAAUGCAUCCUGCUAUAUACAAGGUUGGGGUACAACAUUUGGCUGGAGAUCUUUCUGGGAGUAAUGCGCGGUGUGUUGCUAUGCUUCAGGCAAUUAAGGAAGCUAUUAACGACUACUCCCUUCCCCCGGGAAAAACAUUCGCAACAAGUGAUAUAAUUUCAAAGAUCAAAAGUUAUGCUUCAUUUUUUGACGAAUGCAGGCCACUGUCAAUCAGUAUGGGUAAUGCAAUUCAGUUUUUAAGGGGCCGUAUAGCCAAAUUACCUCACACAUUAUCUGAGUCAGAAGUAAAGGAAAAUUUGUUUUCAGACAUUGAUGGUUUCAUCAAUGAGAAGAUAGUUUUAGCAGAUAAAGUAAUAAUAGGACAUGGUGUCAAAAAAAUCAAGGACGGUGAUGUCAUUCUAACGUACAGUUCAUCAUCUGUUGUUGAGAUGAUUAUACUACAUGCUCAUGAGAUUGGAAAACAAUUUCAAGUUGUCAUAGUAGACUCUCGCCCCAUGUUUGAAGGCCAAGCACUACUUCAAAGACUGCUGAAGAAGGGAAUCAACUGUGCAUACACUCAUAUAAGUGCUGUUUCUUACAUUAUGCAUGAAGUCACAACGGUUUUCCUGGGAGCAGCAUCUAUAUUAGCUAAUGGUACUGUGUACUCAAAAGUGGGGAGUGCUUGUGUUUCAAUGGUUGCUCAUGCUUUCCGUGUUCCUGUUCUGGUUUGCUGUGAAGCUUAUAAGUUUAGUAAGCGGGUGAUGCUUGAUUCAAUUUGCUGCAAUGAAUUAGGGAAUCCGAAUGCAGUUUCCCUGGUUCCUAGAGGAUCAGGUGCCAAUUAUUUGAAGAAUUGGACCGAUAUAGAAAAUCUUCAGAUUUUAAAUUUAGUUUACGAUGCUACUCCCUCAGACUACAUCUCAAUGAUCAUAACAGAUUAUGGCAUGGUACCGACCACCAGUGUGCCUGUGAUUGUUCGCGAGUACGGGAAGGAGCAUCUCUUCUUAUAGUACGGAGUAUUAUUAUGUUCCAGCACAUAUACAUUUUUCUCUUCAGCUGAGAUAUAUAUUACUGAAUGGGAGGGUACUAGGGUGGGUGUGUAGUAGCACUUGUGCAUAACAGGCAAGUCAUACAUGUCACUACUAUAUACGUAUAGGAUAGAAUAGGACGAUGAGCUAGUUUUGACAUUUCCAUUUACCUGAUUAGCAUUUUUUAUUAGGAAUUUAUUUAUUGAUUUAUAUGUAUUGUUAUUAGAAAAAAUAAUGACAAAUUUUCACUUAUCUUAGAAUGAAUGAACAAUCUUGUGAAGAACAUAAAUACGAAGUAAAUACUAAAACGGUUUGUACUCUGCCACUCUGGUGCCCGACAAAGUGGAUAUUUAUAGUACAUGAACUUUAUAGUUU